GGUAGGGGUAGGAAAAAUACAAAAGGCUAUCUCUUUCGAUUCUUCUUUUCUUUGUUUAGUACGUAAGAAAGAGAGAAUGAAAGCACCACCAAACCCUGAAAAGAAAAUGACACCUUACGAUUCAAAAUUUCAAGUCUAUCUCCCCGUGGGUCGCUUUCUUAUUCCCCUGUAACAACGAUACAUGGAAGAAAAGAGCUACGUUGAUAAAUACCUUUCAUGUAGUCCUGGGCCUCCGGGGUUGCUUGUGCUGAACGGAUUCAUAAGUUCUGUUUACUUCUUGUUUCAGUUACUGGGUAUUCUCCCUCUUCUGCUGAUAUUUAAUCAGUAUUGGAAUCUCUCAGAAUUUCUUCGUUUUGGUACUGUAGAGGUUGUGGCCCCGGUUUGCAGUGUUUUGAAGUAGUCACAAGUUCAUUUAACAUUUUGCCAGGUGAUUUCAAAUGGGUGUCACGGAUUUCUGUUCUGAGAAUUAAAUGAAGUUUAUUGAGCCUUGGGAUCAUCUAUAGCUGCUUCUGUUGCAUGCAUUUAUUUGAACAUAGGGUUCAUAGCAGUGUAUUCUACACAUUUUCGUUCUUGUAAUUUUGAAUUCAGUAGCUGCAGAUCCGCUGAGGGAUUUAGUUUGAGUUUUGGAGGCUUUGUUGAAAUCUUGAAUGUAUGUACAUAGAGUAUCUUUGAUUCAAGGGAUUAUUCUAUUGAAUUCUGAUUCUGAUCAAGUUCAAGGAAUUUGAAGGUUCAACAUUUAAGGAACCAGUCAGAGUUUGAUUUCAGUUUACUUGGUUGUUUUCUGGUUAGGUUCAUCUGAAACAAUGAGGAUGUCUAGAAUUCUGUCAUGUGCUUCAGGUUAUUCGACUGGGAUUCUGGUUUUCUCCAUUGGUUUAAUUGUGUUUGGAGCUUCCAGCUCUUUCCUUCAAAUUAGAUUCUCGAAUACAACUCAGGAGUUUCAGAUCCCUACUAGAGUUCCAAAGAAGGGGCCUGAGUAUCCCCCAAUUUUUUCUUAUUGGAUUUCUGGUACUAAGGGAGACAAAGACAGGAUUUUGAGGUUGUUGAAGGCAGUUUAUCAUCCCAGAAACCAGUACCUUUUAAAUCUUGACGCCAGUUCAUCAUAUUUUGAAAGGAGGAGAUUAGCCCUGUCAGUUGAAUCAGAAAAGAUUUUUCAAGCUUUUGGAAAUGUGAAUGUUGUUGGAAGAAGUCAGGCAGUAGACCAGAUUGGAUCCUCUGCUCUUGCAGCCAUGCUGCAUGCUGCAGCAUUACUACUUCAGAUUAAUAGAGAUUGGGACUGGUUUAUUACAUUAAGUGCAUCUGAUUAUCCACUUAUAAGUCAGGAUGAGCAUGUUUGUGGUUACCAACAAACAGUUAUGUUCAUCCCAACUCUUUACAAACAACCCAUUCAAUUGAAUCAACUGCCUCAUGUGAUCAGCUAUAUAUGUUUUCCAGACCUCCUUCAUGCCUUUAAUUCCUUGCCUAGGGAUAUGAACUUCAUUGAUUACACCAACAAGACUGGGUGGAAAGAGAGGCAAAGGAUUAACCAAAUUGUCAUAGACCCAAGUCUUUACUUUCAAGAAAACACACCAAUUUUCCAUGCUUCAGAGACUCGAGAAACCCCAGAUGCCUUUAGGAUCUUUGGAGGUUCUCCAUGGUCCAUUCUCAGCAGAGCUUUCAUGGAGUACUGUGUACAUGGGUGGGAUAACCUCCCAAGAAAACUACUUAUGUAUUUUUCUAAUGUAGAAUACCCUCUUGAAUCCUACUUUCACACGGUACUCUGCAACUCUGAUGAAUUUCAGAACACCACUCUGAACAAUGACCUGAGGUUCAUUCUCUCAGACACCUCUCCACAUGUGGAACCACAUUUCCUUAAUACAUCCUACUAUGAGAGGAUGGUAAGGAGUAAGGCAGCUUUUGCGAGACCAUUUCAGGAUGAUGAUCCAGUGCUUCAGAAGGUGGAUGAAGAUAUCCUGAGGCGCCGAUCAGAUGGAUUGGUCCUAGGAAGCUGGUGCCUGGAUAUAGGAAUGAAUCAGAGUGUGAAAGCUAACAUUGGAAAUCUGACUUCAAAGGAAGAUUCCUGCUCAGGUUGGGACAACAUUGAUGCUAUUAAUCCCGGCCCAGAUGGAGUGAAGCUUAAAGCUUUUGUUUCCAAACUUGCUGCAGAAAGGAGGCUACAAUCAAACCCUUGCAAUCAGCAGUGAUGGUCAUAAACCUAGCAGCUUGGGUGCAGAUUUAAUUGAAACAGAAAUGUGAUAAAUCCCAGCAAAAUAAUAAUACCCAAUGCAUACUAAUCAUGUAGUCAAGCAACAGGUCAGGAACAAUGAUUUCAAUGUAAUCAAGGCAGAGUGAUUUUCUCCUGUUCUGUUACUUAGAGACGGGUGUAGUUGAUUAAUUUGAUCUUAGUACAAAUAAGUAGGUUUAGUUGAAUUGUUUCUGACAUGAAUCCUAAAAUUGUAGAUGAGGGCAUGAACCAAACAAGCAUAAGAGCUGAUCCUCCCCA